UAUAGUUCACCAUACUUAGCUAUUAUUGUGUGAUCUAAACAAUAGAAGUACAUGCAAUGAAAUAUAUUAAAAUAACCUUUAUAAUAGAAAACAACUGUUAUAUUGCAUAUUUUGAUAACUGAUAUUCUGGAUUCGUUUGAUUAAAGGAAUUGUCUACAGAAAAAGGUGAACUUUAUUGUCCCUUCAGUCUUUUGAGCGAAAACGCUUGAUAGUUAGUGAACAUUAUUCGUUUGAUUAAUGUUAAAAUCUGAAACUGCCUGAAGUUAUAAUAACAGAAAGCCGUUAAGUUCCAAACAUGGAUCUUUUUGACGAGAAAGGGACGAAUUCCGGCAUUAAUCUGGAUCACAUAGCAGAUCCUAACAGUGUUUUGAACGACGCAGAUUAUAAAGAUGCUGUUAGCAGAAAGAAACGACUACGGCUGAACCUGAUUUGGUUGUGCCUCAUAUGGAUAUUUACGUUUACGGCCUACUCCGGACUGCAAAAUCUAGAAGCGAGUUUGGUACCGGGUAUUGGAGUUUAUUCUCUCGCCGCCAUUACCGGAGGUGGACUAAUUUCUUGUAUUUUUGCGCCUGCCAUCAUUGGGAAAAUUGGUGCAAAAGGGGCAUUAAUUGCUUCUUGGAUAUGUCUCGCAAUAUUUGUCGCAUCAAAUUAUUACCCCAAAAUCUAUGUUUUGCUGCCAGGUGCGGCAAUAGAAGGGCUUUCAACGGGACUAAUGUGGACCGCGCAGGGAGCGUUUCUCACAACGAUUGCCGUAGAGUAUAGUAAUCUUAUACAUGAACCAUUAGAAGCUGUUCUAAGUAGGUUUUUCGGAAUCUUUUGUAUGGCCUUUCAAAGUACUCAGGUAUGGGGUAACGUAAUAUCGUCGGCUGUUCUAAAAGAAGAAUUUCCUACUAAAAAUUCCUCCGCCAACAACAGUCUGCCUCCGCCACCCUCAUUUUGUGGAGCAGACGACUGCCCUUGGGACAAACUUGGCGGGAAUGGCACUCGACCAGUCGACAGUAUUCCACAAUGGCGAGUCUAUACACUGAUCAGUAUAUAUUUAGGAUUUACCAUCAUAGGACUUAUAAUAACAGUUUUCUUGAUGAAACCGUUAAAAUCAGAAGGUCCAAAUGAAGUAAAUGUAGGUAAACAACUUUUGGCAACCUUACGUCUGCUUGUGACAGACAUCAAAAUGUUACUGCUGGUUCCAAUGAGUAUAUGGACAGGGAUGGAACAAGCUGUCUUGUUCGCAGAGUUCACGAGGUCAUACGUUGCCUGUGAGCUCGGUAUCAGCUAUGUCGGCUGGACAAUGAUCUGUUUUGGAGUCGUGAACACACUUAGUUCCCCUCUAUCCGGGCUCCUUGGAAAGUAUCUCGGGCGGAUACCUUUGUGCUGGAUAGCUACACUCGUUAAUUUAGGGGUGUUAGCUCUUAUGAAAUUCUGGACCCCAUCUAGAAACGAAAUUUACGUAUUUUUCAUAAUACCUGGGCUUUGGGGCCUUGCUGAUGCGAUCUGGCAGACACAAAGUGGAGCCAUGGUUGGUGCCAUAUUCUCAACAAACCAGGAACCAGCCUACGCCAAUCUCCGUUUAUUCCAAGCUUCCGGUUUUACGAUGGCAUACCUCUACAGCAACUCAUUCUGCGAAUACAUCAAACUUUAUAUAGCCGGCGCAUUUGUCGUAUUUGCAACGCUCUUACAGACGGUGGUCGAAAUUAUCGUGCGAAGGAGUGACAGUAAAAUGAUAGAAACAAACGUUCCGUAUUAGAUUAUUUUUUAUUGAGAAAACAAAUAGCGCAUGGUGAUACACUCUUAUUGAUAAAUCUUUGCAAAGUCGCCGUUCUUCGGCUUUUGAUUCAGUUAAACAUUUACUAAAUAAAAUCAUCCUUUGUUUCAUGUAAGGAAUGACCAUUUUAGAGCACUUUUACUCAUCUUUAGAGAACAUCUCAUUUUCUACAAACGCUUUCCAUGAUAAUUCUAUCCCAGAUAGACGAAAAUAAGAAAGAAAACAAGGCACUAUACACUUCCUUUCUGGUAAUCUGACACUUUACAAUAGACACAUACUGGCAUUUUUUCGUACAUGAAAAACUUACUUUCGAUUCCGACGAAUACAUUUUACCGUCGUUGAAAUAUAAACACUAAAACUGUCUGCAUACUGCAUUUUACCAGUGAAAACCCGUGCUUCACGAAAAUGCGCAAGAACUGAAUAUCUGUUUACUGGGAACUACUUUCAAGGAACACUUUUAACCGAAAUAAUGACAUUAUUCCUACAGAAACAGAUUGUAAGGAACGACAACUCUUAUAAAAUAGUACCAAAAGUUUGACACAUACAAUAGUUUACAGCAUCUGACUAUGACUAAUAACGUUGAGCAAAUGCUAAGAAAUAAAUAUGUAGAGGUUUAGUUCAAACUAUAUUUGCUACUUUAUGCUGAUGACACAGUUAUUUUAGCCAGAUCAGCUGAGCAGCUUCAGUCAGCUUUGAAUGCAAUGUCUGUGUAUUGUACUUUAUGGAGUUUAAGUGUAAAUGCCAGUAAGACGAAAAUUGUAAUCUUUUGGAAGAACUAGUCUAAGAGAGCGCUUAGAAAUGUUCCGGGUUUUCACUUUGAACAUACAUGUAAUGUUUUAGGAAGUUGCAGAUCAUUUUUCUUAUCUUGGUGUGCAAUUUCCCUUUAAUGGUAAUUCGGUCGAACUAAAUCAGCAAUGUUUGCUGUUAUAACAAAAUGAAGGAAACUGUGUUUACCUAUAGAUAAGCAUUUUUUGUUUUCGACCCCAUUUAAUGGGUUAAAGAAGAAAAAACAGACCUUCGCAGCAUUUAUUGAUUUUAAAAAAGCGUACGACUGCAUAGAUCGGUCAAUUCUCUGGGAUAAAUUAGUUAAGUUGGGUAUUAAUUGUAAAAUGUUACAAGCAGUAAAGUCACUUUACGACAAUGUUAGCUCUUGUAUCAGGUUAAACGGAUUUUCAUCAGACUGGUUUGACGUAAAUAUAUAUAGGUUUAAGACAAGGCUGUAUUUUAUCACCUGCUCUGUUUAAUUGUUUUAUUAAUGAACUAGGAAUUAAAAUCAAGGCAUUAGGCCUUGGUUUAGAACUUGACAAUGGUGAAAUGCUUUCAAUUUUAUUGUAUGCAGAUGACAUUGUGCUUCUUGCUAAUAAUGAAAAAGAUCUUCAAACAAUGCUUAAUACCUUGAGUGAAUGGUGUAUUAUUAAUAAUAUGAAAAUUAAUGCAAAGAAAA